AACAAUACAAAAACAGACAGCUUGUUGCCUUAACUAGAAGACUUCUUCAAAUUACAAAAAAAAAAAAAAAAACUGGAGUUUGGUUUCUCACAAGAAUCUACCAAUCUCCUUAACUGAAUCCGAAGAGUUUUUUUUAUAGAUGGAACCACCGGAGAAUACUGUUUGUUUAGAUUCCAACGACUCAUUAGAGACGGCGGAGAGGGUAAUACUAAGAUGGGACUCAACUUCCUCCGAGGAAGCUAGAGGAAAGAUGAUCUUCCAAAGCGAUCGUGACGAGGUAGAUCGGUUCUUAAGAGCCGUAGAUGAAAUCCAAUGGUCAAUAUCUUCUCUCUCCUUCUCCUCCUCCUCCUCUCUUCCUCCUUCCUCCACCGUCGAUGACCAAGAAGUCAAAGCUAAGUCAUCUCUCCAAAUCGCCAUGGCUAGACUCGAAGAAGAGUUCCACAACAUCCUCCUCUCUCAAACCUCCCCUUUCGAGCCUGACUCUCUCUUCCUCGAGGAAUCAUCUUCACUCUCCACACGCGCCGAAGAAGAAUCAGAUGUUGCAGAUGAAGAAGAAAAAGAAGAAGAAUCAGAUGGUUCUGGUUCAAACAAGUUAACUCGUAGGAGAAGCAGUUACAGAUCCACAAGCAGCAUACGCGAGAUGGAUCUGAUCUCACCAGAAGCAGUCUCUGACUUGAGAUCAAUCGUUCAGAGAAUGGUCACCGCGGGAUACACCCGCGAAUGCAUCCAUGUGUACAGAAACGUCCGAAAAUCCGCUGUGGAAAGCAUUUUAAAGCAGCUAGGGAUCGUCAAGAUCAGCAUCGGAGACGUGCAGAGGCUAGAAUGGGACGUGGUGGAAGGGAAAAUCAAGAAAUGGAUCCGUGCUGCGAAGGUCUGCAUCAGAAUCGUCUUCUCGAGUGAGAAGAGACUCUGUUCACAGCUCUUCGAUACAACGGCCAUGGAUGAGACUUGUUUUAUGGAGACGGUGAAGCCGUCUGCACUGAGGCUAUUCACUUUCCCUGAGGCCAUAAGUAUCAGCAGGAGAUCGCCCGAGAAGCUUUUCAAGAUUCUUGAUCUACACGAUGCUAUGGAUGAUAUGUUACCUGACAUAGAAGCCAUCUUUGACUCGGAUUCAUCGCGCGAUGUCUACGUGCAAGCUGGUGAGAUUCAGACGAGGCUAGCGGAGGCGGCGAGGGGGAUACUGUCUGAGUUUGAAAACGCGGUUCUUCGUGAGCCUUCUGUGGUGCCAGUCCCUGGAGGAACGAUUCAUCCUUUGACUAGGUAUGUAAUGAACUACGUCAGCUUGAUCUCUGAUUAUAAACAGACACUCAACGAUCUUAUAGUGUCUGAGCCUUCAACCGGUUCUGAUAACGCACCGGUUAUUGACUUCACGGAGCUUGACGGUAAGUCUCCAUUAGCUUUGCAUUUGAUAUGGUUGAUCAUGGUUUUGCAUUUCAACUUGGAAGAGAAGUCACACCACUACAGAGACACAUCCUUAGCUCACAUAUUCAUCAUGAACAACAUUCAUUACAUAGUUCAGAAAGUGAAAGGAUCACCUGAGCUACGAGAGAUGAUCGGAGACCAUUACUUAAGGAAACUCACUGGGAUAUUCCGCCACGCGGCGACAAACUACCAGAGAUCGACUUGGGUCAGAGUGCUGAAUAGUUUGAGAGACGAAGGGUUACAUGUGAGUGGGAGUUUCUCAUCUGGUGUAUCGAGAAGUGCGUUGAGAGAGAGGUUUAAAGCGUUUAAUGCAAUGUUUGAAGAUGUUCAUAGGACUCAGUCUACAUGGUCGGUUCCUGAUGCUCAGCUUAGAGAGGAGCUGAGGAUUUCUUUGUCUGAGCAUUUGAUUCCGGCUUAUAGAUCGUUUCUUGGGAGGUUUAGGGGUCAUAUAGAGAGUGGGAGACACCCUGAGAAUUAUUUGAAGUAUUCUGUUGAAGAUAUUGAGAGAAUCGUUCUUGAUUUCUUUGAAGGAUAUGCACAUCCUCCAAACUUGAGGAGACGAUGAUGGAAGAAGAUUUGGAGAGGUUUACUUUCUCUCUUUUGUUUUGUUUUUUGUUUUGGUUCUCAGACACGUUAGGAUGUUGUAGGAUAGAGCCAUUCUUUGAAUUUUUAUUCCUAUUGUGCCAGAAGGAAUAAGGUCCAGGUAAAACAUACAUUUGUGUUGUUGUUUUGUGUCAUAUGUAUACUCUCUUCUAAUGUUCAACGUCUUCUGAUCAUUGGAUCAAUUUAUGUCAUUGUUUGUGUACUUUUGGGUCUUUGUUUGGUAAGUGUGUUAGCCAAUGAUCAGAGUUUUUGUUCAGAACUUCACUAAAAGUCUUAUUUUC